CCACUCUACGCCGCUCAGCUGUUUAUAAAAACAAUUGUUACGAAUUUGUUGUAGUUAUACAUUGUUUAGCUUAAUCUUCGAAUAGAAUCUCGUUUAUAUAAAACUGCGUAAAACCUACGUGCAUCACCUGAUGCUGGUGCCUUGGAAUUACCAAUAGUAGGCAGCUUACUACCAGGAAGAUCUCCAUCGGAAUUACAGACGAUUUCAUCAGAAUGGGCAAAGAUUACUACAAAAUUCUGGGCAUCGAACGGAAUGCAUCCAGCGAAGAGGUGAAGAAGGGCUACCUGCGGAUGGCGCGGCGCUAUCACCCGGACAAGAAUAACCAUCCACAGGCGGAGGAUAAGUUCAAGGAGGUGGGGGCAGCGUACGAGAACCUGUCCGACGAGCUAAAGCGCGCGAUCUACGACCAGUCCGAUGAGGAUGGUCUAAGGUUCCGUGACAAGGGUGUGCUCUUCGCCCAGCCCACCUAUAAGACAUUUACACGGAAAAAGAACACGUGGGCCAACAACAAUGGCUCAACAUAUGAUGCAUCCAGAGGUUCAGGCCGUGGAAGAUUUUGUAAAAGCACAUUUUUCUUUACCGGCAUCGGCAUUGGCAUUGGCAUUGUUGUUGUUGCUGGAUAUCUAACGUACAAACGUUUCCGAAGCGGAAAAUUAGAAGAAAUAGCCAAGGCAGCUUCUGAAUUGACGGCUUCCGACGCUGCACCCAAUUUAUCAGCAUAUGAUGCAUUCAGAGGUUCAGGCCAAGGAACAUUUUUUAAAAGCACAUUUUUCUUUACCGGCAUCGGCAUCGGCAUUGUUGUUGCUGGAUAUCUUAUGUACAAAAGUUGCCGAAGCGGAAACUUAGAAGAAAUAGCCAAGGCAGCUUCUGAAUUGACGGCUUCAGACGCUGCACCCAAUUUAUCAGCUAGUACUGUGGGAAAAAUAAGUCAAGCUACAAUGGAAAAAACUAUGGCUAUCGUAAACUGGGCUUUUAAAUGGAAGGAUGCCGCAUCCUCUUUAGGAUCUCAACUAGCUUCGACAGCAAAUACUGUGGGAAAAAUAAGUCAAGCUGCAAUGGAAAAAACUAUAAAUAAGGCUUCUGAAUUAAAGGCUUCUGAUGCUGCAUCCGCUUUAGGAUCUCAACUAGCUUCGACAGCAAAUACUGUGGGAAAAAUAAGUCAAGCUGCAAUGGAAAAAACUAUAAAUAAGGCUUCUGAAUUAAAGGCUUCUGAUGCUGCAUCCGCUUUAGGAUCUCAACUUGCUUCGUCAGCUAGUACUGUGGGAAAAAUAGGUCAAGCUACAAUGGAAAAAACUAUGGCUAUUGUAAACUGGGCUUUUAAAUGGAAGGAUUCCGAUGCCGCAUCCUCUUUAGGAUCUCAACUUGCUUCGUCAGCUAGUACUGUGGGAAAAAUAGGUCGAGCUACAAUGGAAAAAACUAUUAAUAAGGCUUCUGAAUUGAAGUCUUCCGAUGCUGCAUCCGCUUUAGGAUCUCAACUAGCUUCGUCAGCUAGUACUGUUGCCAGUGCAUCCAAGGAUGUCUUGUCGAAAGUGACAAAGUGGUUCCAGAAUUAAAGGACGUCCGUUUUCAUUUCUAUUCCAUAAAAUAUAAUUUUAUUCAAUUUGUGAACCAACUUCAACUAUAUC